GCUAACUUGAAAGAGCUCUAUCUCCUACAAUUCUGAAAUGGGAUGUCUAAUAUUUUAAUCAGUAGUAGUGAUCACUUAGGUCUACUCAGAAAAAAAAUUUCAAGAAAUUCUGACGUGUAGUUUUUGAGAAAACCGGUUCCCAACAUGACGUUUUUUGGGACCGCCCUCCAUCCCCUUUAGACCUCUUUGUCUAGAGCUUAGAAUGCUUUGAAGAAACUUGCCAUAGUGCGUUUGAAUAAGAAUAGUAUAAACUUCAUUUUGAUUAUAAUAUAUUGGGGUCUCUAACUAAAUGUAUAAAUUUUAUAAGCAGUUCAAUUUAAGUAUAAAGUGCCAUUUUUCUCAAAUUUGCAAAUGCUUCCAAGCAAUCAGUUCUAGAGAUACGAUUCUGAAAAGUAUUUUAUAUAGACAACUUUUUAUGCUCUAUCCAAUGGCGGAAUCGAAAAUUCUAAGGAACAUCCAUGAAGAAUGUAACAGACCGAUUUCGGGGACCAUUUUCUCAUAAAAUCGACUUUUGGACCUCCUCUUCUGCUAUUAGCGCAUAACUUGAGUCAAAACUGAAUACCGUUUUCUACACAACUCGAUGAGGGCCACAAAACUAGCAUGGUUAAAUCUUGCCGGAAGAAUGUGCUGUAAAAAGUGGGCGGAGCUGCGUGGAAGUACCCUUAUUUGAUUUUCGAUUCUGUCUCUUCACUUGAAAAGUAAGAAUUUGAAAAAAGAAGUCUAGCAUGCCCUGCAUUGUGAGAUGCUCUUUUCAUCAAGAAGAAAACUAAAAAUAUAGAAUGAAGGCCAGCGGAGAAUUUUGAAUUGUCAUACAAACCCUUAUUAACCCUUAUUGACCCUUAUUGGGUGAGUAUCUUUCUAAAACGUCAUGGUAUGUGGCUGAAAAUUCCACUAUAACCUCUCCACAAUAGUCCCAACAUAUCCUAAAGGUUUCAUGCAAUUUUCUUGUUCCUAACCUAAAAUCAAUUUUGAACAAGGAUGGAAUUGUCUUAAGUGUCCGGAUACUUUUUGGUUUGACUGUAUAUUCCAUAGAUUUCAAGAAGACAGAUGAUAUAACUCACAUUAGAUUUUAAUACAGAUAUUAAAAUAAUAAUUUGAUACUGAUUAAUAUUUAUUUAUUUUUUAUAAACAGAGUAGAAAAAUGGUUGAUAUUGACGCAAGAAAUAAGAAUACUCUUGAUCAGAGGUAUAUUUGCCCUAUCUAUUCAUAUAUAUUACGGGAUCCUGUACAAUUGAGCAUAUGUGGCCAUCGACAAUGUCAAUCAUGUUUUGAGAGCCGAGCUGGGUAAGUUUCUUUAUCGAAUAAAUUCAGCAAUCUUUUGUUUUUAUUUAUAGAUCCAUACUCAAAUGUCCACAGUGCCAAAUAGAAAUACGACGAAAUCAAAUAAUGGCUGAUUGA